AUGAAGAUGAGGCUAAACCUGCUGUUCCUGGUCUUCCUGGAAGAGGUGUGGCUGGUUCCCGGCUUCAUCAUCUAUGGACCCCCACUCUCAGAUGCUGAGGCAGGACCCGGGACUCCCCAGGACCAGCUUCCCACAAUGGAGGAGAAAGCGGAGGGUUGGCUGGCGGCCAGCAGGCAGAAGCUCUCCCACGAGAUUUCUGACUUCGGGUUCAGUCUGCUACGCAAGAUCUCCAUGAGGCAUGAAGGCAACGUGCUCUUCUCCCCGCUUGGCCUGUCCUUCGCCAUGGCAACCCUGACGCUGGGGGCCUCGGGGUCCACCCGCACCCAGAUCCUGAGCGGGCUGGGUCUGCAGGCCCUGAACCAGACCCAGACCCUGCCGGCCCUCUUUGGGCAACUCAGAGAGACCCUGUCCCACAACUGGGAGCUGGGUCUCAGCCAGGGCAGUCUGGCCUUCAUCCACAAGGAUGUUGAUGUCAAAGAGAGCUUCCUGAAUUUAUCGAAGAGGUAUUUUGAUACAGAGUGUGUGCCUAUGAAUUUCCGCAACGCCUCACAGGCCACAGGCCUCAUGAAUCAGUACAUUAACAAAGAGACGCAAGGUCGAAUUCCCAAACUCUUCGAUGAAAUUAGUCCUGAAACCAAAUUAAUUCUUGUGGAUUACAUCUUGUUCAAAGGGAACUGGCUGAUUCCAUUUGAUCCCUUCUUCACGGAACUGGACACUUUCCGCCUGGACAAGUACAAAGCAGUGAAGGUGCCCAUGAUGUACAGGACAGGCAUGUUCGCCUCCACCUUUGACAAGAACUUCCGCUGCCACAUCCUCAAACUGCCCUACCGAGGAAACGCCACCAUGCUGGUGAUCUUCACGCAGAGGCCAGACGACUAUCUCGCCCUUGAGGACUACCUGAGCGCAGAUCUGGUGGAGGCCUGGCUUCAGAACAUGAAAACCAGAAAAAUGGAAGUUUUCUUUCCAAAGUUCAAACUGGAUCAGAAAUAUGAGAUGCACAAACUGCUUAAACAGAUGGGAAUCCAACGAAUCUUCUCACCCUGGGCUGAUCUUAGCGAACUCUCAGUUACUGCAAAUCUUCUGGUUUCCACAGUUUUACAAAGAGCGAUGAUUGAGGUGGAUGAAAAGGGAACAGAGGCAGCAGCGGGCACCCUGUCGAAAAUCAUCGCUUACUCUAUGCCUCCCAUCAUCAAAGUGAACCGGCCUUUCCAUUUCAUGAUCUAUGAAGAAACCUCUCGGAUGCUUCUCUUUCUGGGCAGGGUGGUGAAUCCAGCUCUCCUGUGA